AGUUAGGCAGGCUCUGUAUAAGCGUGCGCAUUCCCUUUUCUCGAUUAUGGGCUGGUAUUCUUCCCUAAUGCCCACAACACCUUCAAAAAUAAUUACAGAACCAAAAUCAUUCUUAACCAUUAUUUAAGUAACAUAUUGAUUGUGAGCUAGUAUUCUUCCCUUUUCUCGAUUUUCAAGUGGCAUUAAAGAGAUGUGGAUCUCUACCAUUUGCUAGCUGUAGAUCAUAAUUCAUAAGCAGGGCUGGACCUAGUUUUCGUCUUUUUCGGGUUAUUGAACUCUCUAUUGACCCGCGUUCAGGUAGAAUUAGAAGAAAGAUUAAAGGGAAUAUAUGGUCUCCUUGUUUUCUAUAUAAUGGCUCGUUGUUUGUCUCCCUUCUCCACACUCUCUGCUUCUUUAAGACUUGGUUCGGGUGAAGUAACAGUCUCGUUCUGCUGUUUCUUUAAUUUAGAGAUAAUGAAUUCGUCAGUUAGUGCCGAGGAAGUAAAACUGGAGAAACUACGAAGCAAUGCUAUGAGAGGCAAGUGGCCAAAAGUAUUUGAAAUGUAUGUACAAGAAAGGGCGCUACGCACAGCCAAGAUAACGGGAACAGGAGACACAGUGUUGCACAUGGCUGUGUCUAAUGGGCAAGAGAAGGUGGUGGCAAACAUGGUGAACUUGUUAGUUCUUGAAGAGAAUAAGUUGGGUCAGAAUAAUGUGGUGGUUAUAGUGGAUGAAGAUGAUGAGGAAAGCUGGAAAGCGAACAACGUCCUUGGAUCUAAAAAUGAUAGAAAGAAUACGCCUCUGCACUUAGCAGCAACAAUGGGAAAUGUUGAAAUGUGCAGGAAGAUCGGUGGCACAGACCCCUCAUUAAUCACUAGACGCAACAUCGCCGGGGAGACGCCCCUUUUCCUGGCGGCUCUUAAUGGUAGGAAGGAAGCUUUUCUCUGGCUUCAUUAUCUAUAUGUGGCAAGCCAUCGAAUUUCUUCAACUGACGUUGCUCACUGUAUAAGGGAUAACGAUGAUACCAUUCUUCACUGUGCAAUCGAAGAAGGACAUUUUGAUGUAGCAGUCGAAAUAGUUCACCUUUAUAAAGAUCUUGUAAGAAGGAUGAGGCGCAACAAGGAAGGAUUGUCUCCACUUCAUCUCCUGGCAGCAAAGCGCUCAGCUUUCAAAAGUGUUGGGCUACUUGAACUAUCAAUCCUCGGCCAUCCAAUUUAUUGGUUUUCAAAAGUUGAGGGGAAGAAUCAGGCCACGACACUAGAAGAAUUGCAACAAUGCCACAAGGCCCCAUGGAGCAAAGGUCAAGCUUAUUCAAAAAUGGAUAUGGUGCCAUCAGAUACGAAAAAUGAAGGAGAAGCACAGAUGGGCGCUUCAAAUAAUGAGCAAACUUCUUCAGCAUGCUUCUGACGAAGAUAUGUCACAAAUAAUAUCGAGAACCACCUCUGAGCAACUUUCAAUUUCUCUGCAAACAGAAGAGGAUAAUGGUAAAAACAUUCAUGAACACACA